GACCACUUUUAGCGACGAACCAAAUGUUCAAGCUGCAAAAAUCCAAAUGUUGACUUUUUAACAAUUGAAGAUAAAAUUGAGAGAAAACAUGGCGGAACAACCGGUCAGAGUUCUGGCGUGUGGAGAUGUAGAAGGCCGACUGAAUGCUCUGUUCAACCGAGUCCAGACCAUCCAGAAGAAGACGGGACAGUUUGAUCUGCUGCUGUGUGUCGGAGAGUUUUUCGGGACGACCCCGGAGGCUGAGGCCGAGUGGCAGCAGUACAAAACUGGAGCCAAGAAAGCUCCCAUCCACACCUACAUCCUCGGCGCAGCGAGCCAGGAGACGGUGAAGAGUUUCCCCAGCGCCGACGGCUGCGAGCUGGCUGAGAACAUCACGUAUCUGGGUCGUCGCGGUGUGUUCACGGGCGUGUCGGGAUUACAGAUCGCCUACGUCAGCGGCAGAGAGGCCCUGCAGGAGCCGGCCCCCGCUCACUGCUUCACGUCCAAAGACCUGUCGGCCCUCGUGGCCCCGCUGACCAGCAGCUCCAAGUUCAGAGGGGUCGACAUCCUGCUGACGUCACAGUGGCCCCGAGGAGUGUCGCAAUACGGAAACACCUCGGAAGUGAACACAAAGUCGUGUGGGAGCAGCUCCGUCGCCAACCUCGCCGACAAACUGAAACCACGAUAUCACUUCGCUGCACUGGAGGGCGCUCACUAUGAGAGACUCCCGUACAGGAAUCAUGUCGUCCUCCAGGAAAAUGCGCAGCACGUCAGUCGCUUCAUCGCCCUGGCAACCGUCAACAACCCCGCCAAGAAGAAGUAUCUGUACGCCUUCAACAUCAUCCCCAUGAAGACGAUGGAUCCCACAGAGCUGGUGAAGCAGCCGCAGGACGUCACAGAGAACCCGUACAGAUCCUCCGCAAAAGACAAGACAGACAAACUGAAGACGAGUUUCAACGCCACAGAGGAGGAGGAGCCGUCCCAUCAGUUCUUCUUCGACCUGAGCAAGAAGCAGGGUGGAGGUUUCCGAGGCCACGGCAGGAAGAGACACUCGGACGGAGACGGACGAGGACGAGACCAGCAGCAUGAGGCGGGAGACGGACGUCAUCAGGGACAACCCAAACAGCCCCGCAGACACCCUCAGCCGUCUGGUCCCUGCUGGUUCUGUCUGGCGAGUCCUCAGGUGGAGAAACACCUGGUCAUCAGCAUCGGAUCACACUGUUACCUGGCUCUGGCUAAAGGCGGCCUGACUCCUCAGCACCUGCUGAUCCUCCCCAUCGGUCACUACCAGUCUGUGGUGGAGCUGAGCUCAGAGGUGGUGGAGGAGAUGGAGAAGUACAAGUCGGCGCUCAGGAGCUUCUACAAGAGCAGAGGAGAGCGCUGCGUGCUGUUUGAGAGGAAUUACAGGAGCCAGCACCUGCAGCUACAGGUGGUCCCGGUGCCGUUGGACCGCUGCGCCACAGAGGACAUCAAGGAGGCGUUCAUGGUCCAGGCUCAGGAGCAACAGAUGGAGCUGAUGGAGAUCCCUCAACACACCGACCUCAAACAGAUUGCUCCUCCAGGGACUCCGUACUUCUACGUGGAGUUGGAUUCAGGGGACAAACUCUUUUACCGCAUCCAGAAACAUUUCCCUCUGCAGUUUGGAAGGGAGGUGCUGGCCAGCGAGGCGGUGCUAAACAUCCCGACUCGAGCCGACUGGAGGGAGUGUAAACAGAGCAGAGAGGAGGAGGAGGAGAGCUGCAAACAGCUGAGAGACGACUUCCAGCCAUUCGACUUCGCCUGGGAAGACUAACACACACACACACACACACACACACACACACACA